AUGUCCGUACCGCAAGUCCCUGCCUUUAAUCUAACGGAAUUGGACCACAAGCUUCUGGCCAUGACCGACGAGGAAUUUGUACACCACGACUGGGAAGAGCUAAAAAGUAUCAUCGCACGAAAUGACCUCGGCGUACUCAAGCGGAAGCCUUCCGAUCUCCGCCGAUACCUGGCCUGGACACAAGAGACCAAGGCCCAGUAUGGCACGAUCAUGAAUUAUAUUUGCCAGCAGCGCUUAAAGUGGCAUUUACCGCAAAAUACUACCAGCGGGACUGCGGCCUUCAAGAACCCGCUUCCCUUUGCUGAUCCCGAGGACUACAAGAUCCUCCGCAAUGACUGGCCAUAUGGCGUUACACCCGGAAUCUCACAUCUCGUCGUGUGGCUGCGCACUCCUAUCCCUGUACAAUCCGAUGAGGGUCAUUUGACCGAUGAAUCUCGUGCAAUGAUCAAAAAUUUUGUUCAAAAGACAUUCGUGGACCGUUUGGCUAAGGAUCCUCAGAAUUUCUCGGAUCCUGGCUCCCAUGUGUUGUGGUUUAAGAAUUGGGUUGGCCUACAGAGCGUGAGGGCAUUGGAGCAUGUCCAUAUUUUGGUCCGUGAUGUUCCUGAGGAUAUCUUAUUCGAAUGGGCGAAAGAGUAA